AUGAAACCUCUUACACAAGCACAAUACCAAUAUAUUCAAAGCUGUAAAGAGUGUCACAUUUGUUUGAAACCGUUUAAUAAAAAUGAUACAAUUGUUAAGGAUCAUUCACAUUUUACGGGUGAAUUUCGAGGUCUUGCUCAUUCUCACUGCAAUAUUAAUUAUCAGGAUUCUCAUACAGUACCUGUUAUCUUUCAUAAUCUCUCAGGCUAUGAUAGUCACUUCCUGAUAAGGGCUUUAGCUACUCAGAUUAAGGGAAACAUGAGUCUUUUACCAUUAAACAAAGAACGAUACAUUUCCUUUACAAAAUACAUUCACAACACAAAAGUUAAUUUUAGAUUUUUAGAUUCGUUUCGUUUUAUGGCUAGUAGUCUCGAUAAAUUAGCAUCUUAUCUAGUAGAUAAUCAAAAAGAAAUUAUUCUAAAAUAUUAUCCAAAGCAUGUGGAGUUCCAAUUGUUGUCACGUAAAGGAGUUUUUCCUUAUGAAUACCUAAAUAAUUGGGAAAAAUUACAAGACAUUGAAUUGCCUACAAAAGAUCAAUUUUAUAGUUCUCUUAAUAAAACAAAUAUUUCCGAAGAGGAUUAUCAGCAUGCAAAAUUAGUGUGGAACACGUUUAGCAUUAAAAAUCUACAAGAAUAUGCAGAAUUAUACUUAAAAACCGAUGUUUUGUUACUUGCUGAUAUUUUUGAAAAUUUUAGAAUUACAUGUAUGAAGACCUAUGGAUUAUGUGCUCUUAAUUUUUUUACCGCACCUGGAUUAGCUUUCCAAUCUAUGCUGAAAAUUAGUAAUAUAGAGCUUGAAUUGUUAACUGACAUUGAUAUGAUUAUGUUUAUUGAACAAGGUAUACGAGGGGGUGUUUCACAAUGUUCUAAUCGAUAUGCAAAAGCAAAUAAUAAAUAUAUGGAAAACCAAUUUGAUGACAAUGAACCUUCAUCAUAUCUUAUGUAUUAUGAUGUUAAUAAUUUAUAUGGAGCAGCUAUGUCUAUGCCUCUGCCUCAAUCACAUUUUGAAUGGGUUCAAGAUAUAUAUGAGUUACCAAAUAUAAUAGAUAUUCCUGAAAAUAGUGACAUUGGUUAUAUCUUUGAAGUUGAUCUUACUUAUCCUCAAGAACUUUUUGAUUAUCACAAAGAUUUACCAUUAUGUCCGGAAAGGAGAAUACCUGCUGGUUCAAAGAUUCCUAAAUUACUUACAACUCUAUAUAAUAAGGAAAAAUAUAUCAUUCACUAUCGUAAUUUACAACAAGCCGUUAGUUUAGGAUUAAAAAUAACAAAAAUUCAUAGAGUUUUAAAAUUUAAACAGUCUUGUUGGUUAAAGUCUUACAUUGAUUUAAAUACAGCAUUGCGAAAAAAUAGUAAAAACGAAUUUGAAAAAAACUUUUACAAACUGAUGAACAAUGCUGUAUUUGGUAAGACUAUGGAGAAUGUUCGUAAAUAUAAAGAUAUUAAACUUGUAACGAAAUGGUCAGAAAGGUAUGGAGCUAAAUACUAUAUUUCACAACCAAAUUUUCAUAGUUGUACCAUUUUUGAUCAGGACAUGGUAAUAAUCGAAAUGAAACGUGUAAAAGUUAAAUUUGAUAAACCAAUUUAUGUAGGAUUUUCCAUUUUAGAUUUAUCUAAGACUUUUAUAUACGAUUUUCAUUAUAACUAUAUUCAAAACAAAUUUGGAGAAAAAGCAAAAUUAUUAUAUACUGAUACUGAUUCUCUCAUCUACCAUUUUUUUGUGAACGAUAUUUAUUACUCAAUUCAGCAAGACAUUCAUAAAUUUGAUACAUCAGACUAUCCUCCUAAUAAUGUGUAUAAUAUACCACAAAAAAACAAAAAAAUAUUAGGUCUUAUGAAAGAUGAAAAUAAUGGGAAAAUAAUGACUGAAUUUAUUGGUUUACGAUCUAAACUGUACACUUUUAGAACUCAAGCACAUAGUUGUGAAAAUUUAAAUGUUAGUAAAAAAGCUAAGGGUAUAAAGUCAUCUUCACUUAAAGCUAUAACUUUUGACGAUUUUUAUCAAUGUCUUUUUAAUAAUUCCACUCUUGAAACUGAACAACAUUUAAUUCAAUCAAAAAAACAUCAAGUGUAUACUAUAGCCCAAAGAAAAAUAGCUCUAUCUCCGAAUGAUGAUAAAAGAAUUAUUAAUUAUUUGUAUACAGAUACAAAACCAUGGGGUUGGGAACUAAGGGGAAACAUUUAG